CGGCGUAUUGCACUCCUUCCGUUCCGACUUCGCUCUCGGACAGCCAUGAAUUUCCUGUCCUCCUCGCGGUCGCUGUUCUCAGCAUGCAGACCAUCGACAUCACUCCUCAGCCUCAAUAGCCCGCACCUUGGCCUCAACUUUGCACGGUUUCGAUCACAACUCAUGCCGCGGAAGGUGGACUGGCUGAAGCGUCAUAAGGGCGUGAUCCCAGUGCCCAUCGGCGGGUCCAUGAAGGGCACCACUCUUGCGUUCGGGCAGUGGGGUAUUAGGAUAAAAGGGAACGGCGCUCGUAUCACGCAAAAGCAGUUACUGGCGGCCGAGGACGCCAUUAGGAAGAAGAUCAAGCCCAUUAAGGGUGCAAAGGUGUUUAUGAGGGUGUUCCCGGAUAUCCCAGUCUGCAUAAAGGGUAAUGAGACCCGUAUGGGUAAGGGUAAGGGAUCGUUCGAAUUUUGGGCAACUCGUGUCGCGCCAGGACGUGUUCUGUUCGAGAUUGGCGGUACUCCUGUCCGUGAGGAACUGGCUCGCGAAGCCAUGCGCCGCGCGAGCGACAAGCUGCCGACUAGCAUGGAGUUCAUUGACCGCAGAGCACCACCACGUCUCGGCAAUCUCGUGUUACAGCCUGAAGCGUCUCCACCGCUUGAGGCUGUUAUAUCUGCUUAGACUAUACUCUGCUGGAGCGUAACAUAGUACAGCGAGCAGCUACACGCUCAGUCCGAAGGUUAUCUGCAAAUGUUACGAUCCGCCGAAGACGUGCAUGUAUAGUGAACUUGGACACCUGGAGACGGCCGACACUCUAGGUCUAUACGGGUAAUAUAGGAUAGUAUUUACACGUAGAGCGAUGGAUGCCUACUCCCUUCCGGCACGCAGUCCUCUUCUCACUUCGAGGGAGCUUUGACUUACUUCGGUGACAUGCGUAGUCGCGUCCAAGAUGUCACACCGGUGUGCAAUAGUCGAAGAGAGUCGAGUGUAUCAACCUCAGAAAAGUCGCACAAGAUCAUGAAGCCUCUGCAAGAGGCUCCUGCUUGACCUUCUCGAGCUCCCGAAGCCAUCGCACAUCCCUGGCCACGCUUUCCUCCCUCGCUCUCCUCCUGCGCCUGUUCAGAUGGCCCCAGUCUUCGCCCACGCCGACCUCCUUCCCGAAGACUUCUACAGCAGCUUUGGGUUUUGGUAUAGGCUGUGGUGUCUUCGAACGCCAUACCCAUAUGUCCUUCGAGGUGUGGAGAUUUGCGGUCCUCCGCUGUGCCUUGGACAUGUGUUUGAGACGCUCCUCAAUCUCUUCUUGUGUGAGAGUCGAGACGGCAUGAACCUUUUCAAUCUCCUUUUUGGUGGCAAGUGCUGGAAGGAUGGAUUUCUUUAGGUAGCUCAUAGACCGGACGGGGUGUUCGACGUGUGGCGGAAGAGGACCGUUGUGCUCUAUGUGCUCUCCGGUAUAGCGUUCAUAUCUGACCGGGUUCUUGCCAGCGACCUUCGAGGGUUCUUGCAACGCGAGCUUGUAGACCUCAUGGGCCGUGAGCGGCUUCGGGUUCGAGUAGAUGACGUUCCGGACGAUGCGGAGAGCCUCUGCAGUCGCACUGUUGCUCCAUAUGUGCCGAUGCAGGUACAUGGUUUGGCCUGACUCGCCUCUGUGCGCGAAUGCAGGCGAUGUCGAGGAGGUUGAGAGAAAG